UGUGUGCCUUUGGCACAGGAUAGUGAUGACGAUGGCUACUAUAUGGCCUUAGAAUCACCUAGGCCAUAUUCCUUUUCUUGGGCUCCAUGUUUUACUUGCCUUUUCUCCCAGCUCAGGGACUGCAGCCCAGAGGGGACCCUCUUCUCCCGCCUGACUCUUAAGAUGGGAAGGUGUGAAAGCAGAACGGGAACUUUGUGUAGGCGGAACUCUAGUGCAAUGGUGGGAAGCUUCCUGGGGAAGAGCACCGGUGACGGGUCGGCGGAGACAGAAAAGUGCCGGACGCCGGGCUGAUCAUGGAGGCUUGACAACCUGCAGGCAGGCUCUGGGAGGCCGAGACAUUGGCGAAGGGGACAGAGACUUGGCGCGGACAGAUCUCAAGACCAGAGAAUGGCAGGUGAACAGAAACCCUCAAGUAACCUCUUGGAGCAGUUUAUUUUAUUAGCCAAAGGUACCAGUGGCUCAGCCCUCACUGCUCUCAUAAGCCAGGUGCUGGAGGCUCCUGGAGUGUAUGUGUUUGGAGAACUGCUGGAGUUGGCCAAUGUUCAGGAGCUUGCAGAAGGAGCUAAUGCUGCCUAUUUGCAGUUGCUGAACCUGUUUGCCUAUGGUACAUACCCAGAUUACUUAGCCAACAAGGAGAGCCUGCCAGAACUGAGUGCAGCUCAACAGAACAAGCUGAAACAUCUUACCAUCGUGAGUUUAGCAUCAAGAAUGAAGUGUAUCCCCUAUUCUGUGCUGCUGAAGGACCUGGAGAUGAGGAACCUCCGGGAACUAGAAGACCUUAUCAUUGAGGCUGUCUACACUGACAUCAUCCAGGGCAAGCUGGACCAGCGAAACCAGCUGCUGGAAGUGGACUUCUGCAUUGGCCGAGACAUCCAGAAGAAAGAUAUCAAUAAUAUCGUCAAGACCUUGCAUGAAUGGUGUGAUGGCUGUGAGGCAGUCCUGUUGGGCAUUGAACAGCAAGUUCUGAGAGCCAACCAGUACAAAGAGAACCACCACCGGACUCAGCAGCAGGUGGAGGCAGAGCCUUCUAGAAGACUUACAACAGACUGAUGGAGAGAGAGCUGAACGCAGGGCCCAGUCCAUUGUCUGGUACCGAGAGCACAUGCUCGCCAUCUCCUGGCUGAGCCACACUCAGGGGCUUACUGUACACUCACCUGAACUCAGCAUGUAUCUACAGAGAACAAAGGUAAUUCUGCCAUACCCUCCUUGUGUUGUUGCUUCUGUUACGUUUGGCCUAAAUUCAUAACCAUUUUCUCAACUGAGUAGGUGAGAUGUAUUUUUUCAUUUGUCUUUAAAUAAUGUUGUUCUCAGAGGGGAGAAACUUGAUGUUUUCCUUCCAAAUCUUAGAACAACAGCUUUCUGGUGAGUUGUGCCUUCCAGAGCCUCCCUCAGAGUUCAGUCAGCCCUGUGACAAACUGCCUGAGAAUUCUCUCAUUAGCCUUUUAUAGACAUAGCAUUAUUUAAGUAUAGUUCAGUGUACCUGGGGGAGACAUACACAGCAGUAGCAUUCCAAGGCUUUGCGGUGUCUC